AUGCAGCUUCUCUCCAUCCUCCCCAUCGCAGCCUUGGCUGGUACUUCCCUCGCAGUACACUGGAACGUGACCCUCUACACCGACACCGAGUGCACCGAAUACAAGUGGUCAUACGCCGGGAACCAAAGUUACGGGUGUUACUCGCUUGAGACGUACAACCCAACCAUUCAGUCCAUCAGGGCUGAGAUUCCCGACGAUUGGGUUUUCGAUGGAGUAAGCGGCGGCGCUUGCAAUAACUUUCACACUUUCGGGGGCUCAGGGUGCUGGACUCAGGGGCAGGGUCAGGGAUUCAAGUCUUUCCAGGUAUACCCGCAGGCAAGCUGA